CAUCUCUAUCGCAUCAACACCAUGAACAAACUAAGAUUCACCAGACCCACCGUGUUUGUACGGACGGUCAAAACCCCCACAAUCGACUGGAAACCCAUCGUCACGUCCAAGACGAAUGUCACCGAGGCCGAGAUCCAGUCCAAACACCCGGUGUUCCGCCGUGUGCUCCUUGGUCUCAUGAUCGCCAUGCCGGUGAUCUCGUUUGGUUUAGGAUGUUGGCAGGUCAAACGACUCGAUUGGAAAACCAACUUGAUCUCCCAGUGUGAGAAGCAGUUGGCCAAACCCCCCAUGGCGUCGUUGCCGCCAGACCUCGACCCCGACGCCGUCAAAGAUUUUGAAUAUCGCCGAUUCUACGUCAAGGGAAAGUUUGACUAUUCCCAGGAGAUGUUUUUGGGUCCCCGGAUUCGUAACGGUAUGGCCGGCUACCUCGUGGUAACCCCGUUCCAGCGCCUGGACGGAGGUAAGCCCAUUUUGGUGGAGCGUGGAUGGAUCUCCAAGGAGAAGGUCAUUCCCUCUACAAGAGAAAACAACUAUCUCUCGCACCUCGCGUUACCUCGGGGGGAGAUUGAGAUCAUGGCAUUCUUCCGUAACAUGCCAGAGAAGUCGUCGAUGCAGUUUGACCACCAGGCCGGUACCCGGCAGUUUUUCAUGCCUGAUGUAGCAGCCAUGUCGCUCCAGGCUGGUACCUUGCCAGUUUACGCCCAGAUGGUGUACGAUAUGGCCGACCACCCGGAGUGGGGCCUGGGCCGGUUGUCGCGGUGGUGGACUUGGUUGCAGCCACGCCAGCAGCCACAGGACGACUUUGAAAUGCAGUUCCAGGAGUUUGAAUUUGUGAAAAACGGUGUGCCCAUUGGCCGAGUGCCCAAAGUUACCUUCACCAACAACCAUUUGCAGUAUUUGGCGACGUGGUUUGGCGUGUCGAUUGCGUCGUCUGGCUUGCUUGCGUACCAGAUGUACAAAUCGAAGAAGUUUGCCGGGGCCGACAAGGUUUUAGAAGCAAAGAAGAAGGACAUGCGGCAGAACUGGUAAAUAGCCCAGAAUAUCUUGUAAAUAUCUAUGUACAAAGCUCAAUGAAUGUAUUGCUCUUGACUACAAAACACUGGUGAGACCAAACAAUACCGCCACCAAUGCCAAAUCUCCUACAAGCAUGCUGAGCACUUCCCAGUAUUUGACAAGCUGUACAAUCACCGGCUGGAACCGUUGUACCGCCGGUACCACUGCGGCUGCCAUCAGCACCACCUUCAACACGAGGUUGUCGCUGCUGAUGUUUUCGCUGGCCUUUCGCCUGGAGCUUAUCACAAGGUAACUGGACAAUACCACCGCUUCCAAUGACACAAACGUCACAAAAAACCCAUUGUUAUAGUACCCAGACAUCCCUGCCGCCCGGGAAAACGCGUGGGAUGACCCACGGAACGUUGUCAGGGCGAAAAAGUGGUACACAAAGUUCACCACCACGCUUAAGUACCGCACCACCAAAAACCGGUACUUCAAUUUCUUGAGAUUGUACAUAUUAUACUUUAGCAAUUGGGCCUCGUACGCCUGGUCUUGAAGCCCCGUGGUAUCCCCUUCGUCCUUCUGCAGCUGCUGCAUCAUACUCAUCAUCAUGCUCGUAAGCGGGUCGUCGCCACUGCCAUUGCCCAGUUGUCCUCCAAACAUCUUCUUGAACAUCUCGUCAAUGUCACUAGCAGUGGGGUCUUGGGGUGCCAAUGGGCUGGGGGCUGGCGACACCCUUGUACUCAACAACUGCUCGAUGUCGGAGGUGUCAGGGUCGUCGUCGCCGUGGAAUUUGCUUAUUGGUGUUGGAAUGGGGGCAUUUGUGGGUUUGGGAGAUUCGUCCUUAUCCAACACAGAAGUGACUGUGGACGACUUGACGGAGUUUCCUUGAUUCAAAAUGGCAUUGAGCCGGCCGGUGGCAUUGCCGCCUGCCAUUUUUGCUGCACGUCGCUCUUUCAAAAGACGUCUUUUCUCUUCUGGUGUUAACGUUGACAUGUUGAGAAGCGAAACACUUUAGAAAAUGCGUGCGACUGAUUUGUACGCUGGAAGUGAAAUGGUGGAUCUAAAAGUACACUAAAUAUAUAAUUAUGCUGCCGACUCAACGUGACAGGUGAGUUUUGAUUACCUUCAGACGUUGACCGUGUCUGUUAAGUAUCGUAGUACCAGCGUGGCCGAGAUAUGACAAUAAGUAGUCUUCUCUCGUGUCUCUACCACCCACUCCUAAAGUUGGAGGUUCGCACUGGCUUCGUCUUCACCCAACAUGAACUCCUUCGAGGACGAUUUUAACGGGAAGACCAUGAACUUCCAGGAGCAGCAACGGCGACAGGUGAUCAUGAACACAAUAGAGAACCAUGACUAUUUGUUGGUGGUGGCCAGCCAGCAGAAUAAGACAGUGGAGCAGGUGAAGUAUGAGUUGAUGAUGAAGCUUAUGAGAAAGCUGUAAUAUAGUACAAAUCAAUGAGAUUGAUGCGGAAGAAGUCAGAACUGCAGUGCGUGUUGUGCUGUGGAUGUCCCGUGACCUUGUGUGCUGCAUUGGUGUGACCCGUGAACUUUAGUGCUGCAUUGCGGUUGUCCCAUAAAGUUUUGUGUUGCAUGAUUUCCUUUGACAUUUCAAAUCUAAAGUCCCUAACGGAAUGGAGGACGAUUCAGAAUGGGAGCAGGUUUUCUAGCCCGUCUCACGCUGCUCGCACUCGUACUCAGACCUGCGAAAAGCCCGUCCAAGUACCGGGGGGGCUGAUUCAAAUUAGGUCCACGAGUAUUUCUGGUUGCAAUUGGAAUGGCUGACCGCACCGGUGGUGGCUUGGACACAGAACCACUAUUCCUUGAGGGAACAACGAGUCGGGAAAAUGGCUGUGGGAUCUUGGACUUUGACAGGUCCUGAAUUAACCGUCUGUUUAUUGCAGGUUUAGAUCUCAAUAUACUAGCAUUGACUUUAGCCUUAUUAUGUAGCUUCAAUUUCAACACCUCGUUCUGUUGGCGUGCCCGUCUGAGCUGGCUCUUGAGAUCGGUGAUACUGUCGUCCAAUCUUUUGGACUCUUCCAACUUUUCUUCCAAGUCCUUAGAGGGUGUUGAAGGAAAGUCGAUGCACCACAUGGUGAUGGACAACCCGUACAAGAAACUCGAGAAAGACUCAUUAAACCCCUGAGAUAUAGCCUCGUGAAGUCGCUGGAGAUGUUUCAUAUACAUCUCCAAGUCUUGGACAGAAUCGUGUAAUCUCUCAAAGCUGUCGGUUAUAACACUCAGAUCAAGAGGAAGAUGCUCAGGGUCAAUCGGAUAGUGAAUUCGAGGCGAUUGGGGAAGUAAUGCAAAUACACCUGAUGAACGGUGCAGGUGCCUGUGCCGAGCAGGUGUUGCAGGCUUGGAGGAGGAAGACAUGUGUAUUGUUUACUUUCUACUUGUGUUUAGAUUGUUUUGUUUUGUGUGCUGCGAUCUCGAGCGCGCGAGCUCGAUGACGAGCGUGGAUCACGUGAUAGUGUCCUUCACUCGGUACCGAUGAUUUGUUCCCAUGUCUUGCCUUCUUUGGAUAACUCGGCUAAAAGUUCGUCCCGAAUCUUCCCAGGGAGGCCUGGACCUUUGUAGGCAAAUGCGGUAUAAAAUUGGACAAAUGUAGCACCGGCUUUUCCGAACUCCAAUGCAUCUUUUCCAGAUGAGAUACCACCACAUCCAAUUAAUACGAGGUUCGAGUCCUUAGUGUGCUUUCUCAAAGUUCUCAAUGCCUGGAGAGCGAACGGCUUGACGGGGGCUCCUGAUAAACCGCCAGUUUGGCUGAUUAAAUCAGGUGAAGACCGCAAAUUAGCAGGUCUUUGGAUGGUGGUGUUCGACACAAUCACCCCAUCGAUACCACUCUGCUUGGCAGAGCUGGCAAUGGACUCGAUCUCUGGUUCGGUCAAGUCGGGGGCGAUUUUGACCAAAACUGGAGGUUUCCCGUACGGGUUUUUUACCAAGUCUCUUUCCUUCACUACCGUUGUCAACAAAUUGGUCAACUUCAGUUCACUCUGCAAGUCUCUCAACCCAGGAGUGUUGGGAGAAGAAACGUUCACCACAAGAACAUCCGCAUAAGGUCCUAACCUUUGCACACCUUUCACAUAAUCUUCUACUUCAUCACCAAACUUGUUUUUACCCAAGUUAAUUCCCAAUAAUUUGCCAUCCCUCAAGGCAAAAUUAGUAGAGUUAUCGUCCAGGCAAGCAGCCAACCGGAGUUUCAAGUUAGCCAACACGUUGAAAUGGCCUGAAGAAUUGAACCCAUAUCUGUUUAUAACAGCAUCAUCUUUGGGCAACCUAAAGAACCGUGGAGUGGGGUUCCCUGGUUGAGGUUCUGGUGUGAUGGAUCCGAUUUCAACGUACGAAAAGCCUGAAUCAAAUAACGAUUCUAUCGCUUCUCCGUCCUUAUCCAAACCAGCUGCCAACCCGAUAGGCGAGUUCAACUUCUUGCCAAAAACUGAAACCUUCAAUUCGUCGGGUGUAUAAGUAGCGUCGUCCAACAAUUUGGGUGUCAAGCCAUACUUCAUCAAUGUAAUUCCAAGUUUAUGACCUUGUUCAGCAUCAGUUGCAAGCCUAAUUAUAGGACAGUAUAUAUAUUCGUGUAUGCCAGCUCUAGCAUCACGGGAAGUGGCAAGCGCAUAAGCACAGGCACCCAACCCCACCCACAUAACUCCCCGAGGUAAUACACUUGCUGCCAAUGGUCUCUUUGCACUUUUAAAAAACGACAUCCAAUUCGCACUGGUGGGUCUGGUGAU